CGCGCCGCUCCAUCGGUGCUGCGCCACUUGUACCCGCGCUCUAGUCCUCAGCAUGUCGGAGACCGCUCCCGCCGCUCCCGCCGCCGCCCCCCCGGCGGAGAAGACCCCGGUGAAGAAGAAGGCGGCUAAGAAGCCUUCCGGGGCGCGCCGCAAGGCGUCCGGGCCCCCGGUGUCCGAGCUGAUCACCAAGGCCGUGGCCGCCUCCAAGGAGCGCAGCGGGGUGUCGCUGGCCGCGCUCAAGAAGGCGCUGGCGGCCGCCGGCUACGACGUGGAGAAGAACAACAGCCGCAUCAAGCUGGGCCUCAAGAGCCUGGUGAGCAAGGGCACCCUGGUGCAGACCAAGGGCACCGGCGCCUCGGGCUCCUUCAAGCUCAACAAGAAGGCGGCGGCCGGCGAGGCCAAGCCCAAGCCCAAGAAGGCGGGCGCCGCCAAGCCCAAGAAGCCCGCCGGGGCGGCCAAGAAGCCCAAGAAGGCGACGGGCGCCGCCACCCCGAAGAAGGCUGCCAAGAAGACCCCGAAGAAGGCCAAGAAGCCGGCGGCUGCCGCUGUCACCAAAAAGGUGGCCAAGAGCCCUAAGAAGGCUAAGGUGGCCAAACCCAAGAAGGCGGCCAAGAGCCCAGCCAAGGCUGUGAAGCCCAAGGCGGCUAAGCCCAAGGCUGUCAAGCCCAAGAAGGCGGCCCCCAAGAAGAAGUAGACUGCCUGCUUCCCAAACCCCAAAGGCUCUUUUCAGAGCCACCACGGACCUCCGGGAAAGAGCUGGACACUUCUCGCUGUCUGCUCUCGGCCUCCGCCCUCGCUCCGCUCCCCCGGAAGCUGUAACGACCCACGCGUGGGGUUGCGGGGCCCAGGGGCCUGCUCAGCGUCGUCGGCGCUCCCACCCCUCCGCGGCCCUGGCCCGCGGCCAGCUGCGCGGCGGGUGUUUCCGCUGGCCGGUGUGCGCUCAGGCAGCCCUGCCAGCCCCUCCCCGAGCCUGCGAGCUGCCAAAACCAGCGCAGACGCAUGGAGCCAGGUUCCCAGCCUCUGAUGUCUGCGCUGGGCUGGAGACGGAUUCAAAAGUCCCGCCCUGCUCGGGGGUUGGCGCUCGCCUGCGGCCCGCUGCGCUCACCCUGUGCGGUAUUGGGUGCCGGCUGCGGUUCGCUCUGUGGUUAGCGGCCGUCUGCCUCAGGGUUUGACGUUCCCGCUGGCAGGGAAGGUGUGCGGGAUGUCGGACGUUUGGCGCAUCUCUGACCCUGGGGCGACAGGGAACGGCCAGCGCCUCUGCCCGCGCCCCGCUGCUGCGGAUGCCUGAGGGCCGGGGGCCGCGGGCGCCCUGAAGAAGUGGAGCGGCGGCCUCGCCUGUCCGCCCCGCGACCCUAGGGUCUUCCCCACAGAAAGGUGCGAAGGGCGUGGGCGCAGCAAAACCCACGUCUGGUUGGCCAUUUUGUCCUCGUUUGAUCACUAGCUAAAAUUCAACUUGUUUGUACGCAUUUUUUUUGUGUGUGUGUGGAAUCCAGGUGUUUGCGAGAAAAAGUACUGGUUAUUGGAAAUGUGUAUUGGAGGUGCGGAGAUGUUCCUUGUAAUAAAGGCUUCUGAUUUGCGUGA